AGAAAGAAAAACAUUUAUCAUUAUUGUGGCCUUGCUUCUUCCUUUUAUCUUUUCCAUUCCCAACUUCUGCUUCUGUUAUUGGACCUCCCACACACCCAUCUCUCCCUCCUGUUUAUUGAUCUUUUCUUUGAAUGAUUCAUCAAGAUUUUUGAUAUUACACAAACCCAACAAAUCCCAUGUCGCCUUGAUUGGUAUUUUUACUACCCCCCCCCCCCCCCCCCCCCCCCCCCAACAAAAAUAAGAAGAAAAAAGGAGGAGAUUCAAGGAACAAGAUUUUUGAAAGAAAUAUGAAAAGAGAACACCAAGAAAGCAAAGGAGAUUCUUCUUCUUCUUGUUCUGCAAUGGCGAAAGGAAAAUUAUGGCAAGAAGAAGAGGAACAGCAGCAACAAGACGGUGGUGGCAUGGAUGAAUUGCUUGCUGUUUUGGGUUAUAAAGUUAGAUCAUCUGAUAUGGCAGAGGUUGCUCAAAAGCUUGAACAGCUUGAAAUGGUUAUGGGUAUUGCUCAAGAAGAUGGUAUUUCUCAUCUUUCUGAUACUGUGCAUUAUAACCCUUCAGAUCUUUCUGGCUGGGUUCAGAGUAUGCUUUCUGAGCUCAAUAACCCUCUUGACACAAUCCAAAAUCAGCAGGAUUCUUCUUCCGUAAUUUCUUUCGGUAAUUCUCAAUCUGGGAUUUUCAAUGAUGAUUCUGAAUAUGAUCUUAGAGCCAUUCCUGGUGUUGCUGCUUAUCCACCGCAACCUGAAUCAUCAGACAGCAACAACAACAGCAGCAGCAGGAAAAGAAUGAAAACUUCAACUCUUGCGAAUUCGGAUUCAACAAUCCCUACUAAUCUGUCAGAGCCAAAUCGACCAAUGGUCUUGAUCGACUCACAAGAGACAGGAGUCCGUCUAGUCCACACACUCUUAGCCUGUGCAGAAGCUAUCCAGCAAGACAAUUUCAAGCUAGCAGAAGCACUCCUCAAGCACAUAGGCUUGCUGGCCGCUUCUCAGGCUAGUUCCAUGAGAAAAGUGGCUACUUACUUCGCUGAAGCAUUAGCUCGUCGAAUUUACAAAAUUUACCCUCAGGAAUCUCUCGACCCUUCCUACUCCGACACUUUAGAGAUGCAUUUCUAUGAGACUUGCCCUUAUCUCAAAUUCGCACAUUUCACUGCGAACCAAGCCAUUCUUGAAGCUUUUGGCACUGCAAACAGAGUUCAUGUGAUUGAUUUUGGACUAAAGCAAGGCAUGCAAUGGCCUGCACUCAUGCAAGCUCUGGCCUUACGCCCUGGCGGCCCACCCGCGUUUCGUUUAACUGGAAUUGGCCCCCCGCAGUCCAAUAACACCGAUGCUUUACAGCAAGUCGGGUGGAAGCUUGCGCAAUUAGCCGACACAAUUGGCGUCGAAUUCGAAUUUCGCGGAUUCGUCGCUAAUAGUUUAGCUGAUCUCCAACCCGAAAUGCUCGACCUCCGCCCUCCUGACGUCGAAACAGUUGCCGUCAACUCCGUGUUCGAGCUCCACCGCCUUCUAGCCCGACCCGGCGGGAUGGAAAAGGUUCUUUCCUCUAUCAAAGCAAUGAAACCCAAGAUCGUCACUGUCGUUGAGCAAGAAGCCAGCCACAACGGUCCGGUUUUUCUAGACCGGUUCACAGAAGCACUGCAUUACUAUUCGAGUUUGUUCGACUCGUUAGAAGGGUCGGGUCUGAACGUUCCGAGUCAAGAUCUAGUUAUGUCCGAGUUGUAUUUAGGUAGGCAAAUAUGUAAUGUUGUGGCCUGCGAGGGGGCUCACCGGGUUGAGCGGCAUGAGAGUUUGCCUCAUUGGCGGACUCGAUUUGAAUCGGCCGGGUUUGACAGAGUGCAUCUCGGUUCGAAUGCGUUUAAACAAGCUAGUAUGUUAUUAGCCUUAUUUGCCGGUGGCGAUGGGUAUAGAGUAGAGGAAAAUAACGGGUGUUUAAUGCUUGGUUGGCAUACUAGACCACUGAUUGCUACCUCGGCUUGGCAACUCAGCGAUUCAAAGUAAUAAGUUGACUCGACUCAGCUGCCGAGUUCAUGUUAUCAAAUCGAUGAAUCUCAAAAAUUACCUUUCUGAGAGACAAAAGGGAAAGUGAGUGAGACUUGACACGAGAGGGUAAAAAGGCAAUCCAAGUAUGUGUAAUUCUAGUCUUCUUUGCACCUCUUGUUUUAUUUUAUUUUAUUUUUUUUAACUUGUUGUAAUUUUAGAUUUAUUUUUUUCUCUGUUUGUUUUAUCAAUGAGGAUCUGUAUCUAUAUGUUAACUUUUUAUAAUAAAUUUGGACUCUUUUUCUUAGAAGAAAAAAUAAAAUUUGGAACAUAUUCUCAGCUACAA